AUGGCUGUCCAACGCAUCAAUCGAAUCAUCAAGGAAAAAGGAGAAAAUAUCAUUCAUAGUGUCUGCUCCCUGGCAGAUGUUCCUAAGUACAGUAUACUUUAUAAUUGUAAGUUUGUGCAUGGGAUGGUUGACUGAAAUUAUGAUUUAUGAACAUAUACACUAAACACUCAGCAUAUGACAUAGUAGAAUUUAGUGAGCUAGCUAAGUGUAUUUGUUUCUGUUUAGAUUUAAACCUGCAGAAAUUUCAUUCCUUAAUCAUUAUGCUCAAGUGAUGAAACCAGUGGCUCAAGCACUUAACAUUUUACAGGGAGAAACAAACCACUCGAAUGCAUACAUGGGUUAUCUAGCACCAACGAUAACUAUACUGAGAGAUAAGCUUUCAAAGAAGUUGGAUAUUCCAGUUAUGAAACCAUUGGUCCAAGAAUUAUUAAAUGGAAUUGAUAAGCGAUUUGAUUCAAUAGUAAAUGACAAAAAGAUCAUUGCUGCUGCAAUUCUUCACCCCAAAUUUAAAGAAAGCUGGUCUACUGAUUGUGAUGUUAUUGAAAGAGGUAACAAAUACAAUACAACUUCAAUAUGAAGUGAAUUAGUAAGGAUUCCCAUUAUAGACAGCAUGGAUUUAUUUAAACUUGUGGGAUUUGUUUAUAAAUUUUAGGCAUUUCCUUCAUAAAUGAGAAAUUAGAGGGUUUGGUAGAACCAGUAGUUGAUGAACCUGGACAGUCCUCUUCAGAGGAUCAAGAUGAGACAGAUUUCUUCCAAGCUAAGAACAGGAGAUCAAGUGAUUGUACUUUAAAGUAA